AUGGACGAGAUUGACAAUGUGGCAGUGGAGGAUGUUGCGCGAGUCGCGGAGCGGAUGUUUACUAGCCGCCCUUCGCUAGUCGGAUUCGGUGAUUUGAAGGAACUGAACAGCUACGAAGCUCUUCUCGAUGCCGUCACUCAUCGGAAUAACCAUUAUCAUACUCCUCCAAUCGAGAAAAUGAAGGGUUAUGGUAUCUCCAUGCCGCCCGUGAACGCUGGGAUUGCAACCGAUUUAGAGACAUUGCUAGAGGCCUUCAAAGCCAAACAAUCUGUGCGCCUCAUCAAAUUUCACGAAGUAGCGAUUGACUACGAGCUACCCAAUGUUUAUGCCGGUCGUCUUAGUCUGGCCGAACUCAUUGAGUUCGAGGAGUGCUUUCUAAAGUCAGCUUUUGCAUAUACGAGACCUACGAAAGGCUCAAGAGCAUCAUCAGAAACGACUCGCACAUUAACGGAGCGAGUUUUCGGUGUCUAUGCAGCUUACGUGCUCUAUUAUGCUCAGCCAGUCGACUAUGUGUCUAAGAUUCUUGUAACACAAUCCGAUCUAGAAGAAAUUGUGCGCUUUUGCAAAGAAAUUCUCCUGCCUGGAAGACAUCUGGAUACUGUUGGUUGCCUCUACAAGCUGUACAUAGACGAUGCAUUCAGCUUAGUUGGAUUUGAUAGCAGCUAUGACCCUAUUUGCCAUCGUCGCUACGAUUUACCGAAUCCUGAUGAUGAUGUAAUUGAAGAAGAUGAGAAACACAAUCCACUAGUGGAGACGGCUACUCUGAUGGAAGAUCCAGUGUUGAAAACUAUGGCUCGUGUUCAGCAGAAAAUGGAGGACAAACAGGAUAUGAUUGAGGGCUGUCCAAAAGUUGCAGAAACCAACAAUAAUUUCUUGGAAAGAAUUGACAGGAUUUUUGCUUCGCUCAAAAACGAAAUAGCAAAAGUGGAUACCGGAGAAGUGGAGGAGCCUGAGAAUCAACCUUCCACAAGCACCGCCAACGAACCAAACCGAACUGCUGAGGAAAGUACUAAUCGACUGUCAAUCAAGGACAAAGCUUAUGCUUCAAAAAUUGUCUAUGCAAGAAAUCGUCGCUAUGCUGAUCCGAAUAUGCAUGAAAACUUUCCCGAAGUAGCGCCCGAGUUAGUGCUGGUAGAUCCUGACACAUCGGGUGAGAAACCACUCGCAUCGGAAGUUCCGAAAUCGCCUGCAAAAAAGCGAAGGAAAAAGCCGAAUGAUGUUGCGAAUGAUUCUGGUGUCAUAGCUGCACAGGGAACUUCUGUGGAAGAAGCAACAAAUGAUAAACCUCAAACAUCGUCGCAAGGCAUGGCUAAACCGAAAGCACCACGGAAAAGCAGAGCUAAAAAGGAUAAAGACAAAGAUGCCGAACCUGUCUACCCGGAUAUAGAAGCACUACGGACUGUGGCAAGAGAGAACGAAGUACUUGGGGCAACAACAGCGAAUGUGACAAAAGAGAAGAAACCUCGUGCAAAGAAGGCUAAGAAAGGUGACGCAGCUGAAGCCGUAACAUCGUCUUCGUUGCUUGACAGUCUGGAAGGCACCUCUAGGAGAAGCGGACAACCAGCUCCACCUGCGAUAGAUGCUGAAUUCGAAGAGAAGCUGAAGAUCUUGGCUGCAUCGUUGGCAACAUCGGAGGACGAGAAACGUGUGAAGGAACUUUUGGGAUAGCUAUGUUAUCAGUAUUCUCUCACUGGCAUUCCAAUCGUAAUGUCCGGUUCUAUCACUGAGGUUAUCUUGAACGAAUGCUCUAU